CAGUUGAGACGCAAACUGUCGGCCAAGAACUCAGAGUGCGAUAAACUCAAGCAACAAAUCAAAGACAUUAAACUUGAAUGCGACCGAUAUAAGCAGGUUAUGAUCCAAUUGAAUGACACCAUCGUCAAUGGCAACGGACAUGGAUCUGGAACGGCACAAAAGGGCCGCAAAUACCAGAACUCUCACCAGACGUGUCACUCGUGCUGUGCGGCCGACAAGCCCUACAUCUGCGACUGGCAGAACUGUGGCAAACGGUUCCGCAAGAAACCACAUCUGGACACUCAUAAGAACAUCCACACCGGACGUCGGUUCCCAUGCGAUUGGCCUAAUUGUGGCAAAAGCUUUGUCCGCAAAUACAAUCUCAUUGAACACCGAAAACUGCACUCCAGUGUCAAUCCCAAUGUCUGCGAGUUUGCCAAUUGUGGCAAAUUUUUCUCAAGUAAUUGCACAUCAUUUUCAUACCUUUCCUAUUCGUGUCCUAAAUCACUACAGUAUUCAAUAUUCUUGGCAUCAGUUAUACGUAUAUUCAGGGAAUGGGGUCUAUUAGAUAGAUAUCUUAAGAUUCACCGAUUAGUAAAGUACCCGUACUGUACUGUAUGUGAUGAGGGUAGCAAAUACAGUCUUAUGAGACACCAGAGCGUCCAACACAGCCAACAAUAAAAGACAUCUUUAUUAUUCAUACCAUCGGUUCACUCAUUCAUCCAAUUAUUCAUCCAUUCAUUGCAUUUCAUUCACUAUUGUUUAGAAGCAAAAGAUUUAAAGAUAACAAACACAACACAAAAAUAGC